UUCUUAUUAGACUUUAUGACCUUUUUUGAAACUAAUUCCGUGCAGGUUUCAAGAGCUCGUUCUUUGCAGCACCUGAACAUUGGUGGGACUUUUAUCACCGACGAAUCACUCUAUGCAGUUGCAAACAGUUGUGCAAAUUUGAAGAGCAUCAUCCUGUGGAGCUGCCGCCACGUGACGGAGGCCGGGCUGGUGGCGCUGGUGAACAAGUGUCCGGAACUGGAGUGCAUCAACGUCGGCGGCAUGCGGGUGUCACCGGAGAGUUUCGCCGGCCUGCUCUCCAUCAGCCCUGCUCUCCGCAUCAGGUCCAUUCCGCAGAUUCUCAACACCAACGUCGUGCAGGUCGCAUGAGCGAAGUUCGCUGCCCAGACCGUACAUAUUGUCCCAUGGGAUUCGUGGCGCUGUUGAUUCCUCUCGUGUUUUGAUGUGUUGUGCAUAUGUUGGCUUGUGUACAUGUUACACUGAAUAAUAAAUUGUAUAAAAUAGACAUUACAGAUACUCUGCAAAAUGAUCCUGUCUGUCCAGGAAGCAGCUGGAUGCCAUAAAGUUUACAGUGCCAUUCAUUUAAUCAAUUUGUGAUCAGAUCGGUUUGACAAUA